AUGGAAGGGAUAGUGGAAGAGAACGGAGCAGUUGAUCCACUGGCCCCAUCGCCGGACCCACAGUCGCCCAUCGCAUCGGUAGGGGUCUCAAACUCCCAGUCCCAUCUGAUGACAGCUACUAACAUUGUCCAACUAACUUUGCCCACUCAAACCCAGGCACAGGUGCAGAGCGUCAUACAACCCAACCAGCAAUCCGUCAUACAAACGGCCGCGAACAUACAGCCUAUGCUAGGGAAAGGAAACGUCAUACUUGUCAGUAAACCAAAUUCAGUCAUACAGACCACGCAAGGGAGUCUCAGCGGGCUGCAGACGCUGCAGGUCAAAGUUGUGGAGACGGCGAGUGACGACAGCUUCUCGGAGGAGGAAUCGCCCAAAAAGAGGAGGGACCUGUUGACCAGGAGGCCUUCAUACAGGAAGAUUCUCAACGAUCUUGGCGGGGGUGAGAUUGCUGAAACCAAGGUUGAACAAAUUUCCUCAGAAGCCGACAGUGAGUUGUCCUCACACUCUAUCCCAUACCACACAGUGCUGCCGGGAACAGCGAUACAAAUAUCAGGGGGUAAAGGUGCACAGGGUAUUCACACUCUAACCAUGACGAACUCGACGGCAGGUGGCGCGAUCGUGCAAUACGCUCAAGGGCAAGAAUUUUUCGUCCCCGUAGUAGCACAAGGGGGCAACAUCGGCAGCGGUAACGGAGAGGACCAGGACAGGAAGCGCGAGAUGAGGCUACUAAAAAACAGGGAAGCGGCGCGAGAGUGUCGAAGAAAAAAGAAAGAGUAUAUAAAGUGCCUAGAAAAUAGGGUGGCGGUGUUGGAAAAUCAAAACAAAGCGCUAAUAGACGAACUAAAAUCGUUAAAAGAACUUUAUUGCCAACAGAAAACAGAAUGAGGUUGGUGUUUUGUUUUUACAGUGGUGAAGGACUAUUUUACCAAGGGAAACUGGCCGAGUAGUAUAGCUUUAUGCUAAUAAAGGUUGAUCAGUAUGUAACUACAAGAAUAGUGCAAUGUCAAAUUUUUGUUUAAUUGUGCACAUGCUCGAUUUUUUCUUCAUAGCUUGGUUUAAGCGUUACCUGGGUAUGGUGUCAAAUUUUCAGGAUUUAGUUGACCAAAGAUUCAAAAGUUUUAAAAUAGAACGUUGGACUAAUGUUUAAAAUGAUAUGAGAUAUCUUAAAUUGCAUUUUACUUAUGAUCUGUACAUCUAGGUUAAAUAGUGUAAAUAUCGAAAUUGUUAUUUUUAAUUGAAAGUUUAUUUCGUACGUGCUCCAGUUGAAUACAACAUUGUAUAUUAUGUAUCAUAAUAUUGGACAGAAAAGGCUUGUGAAACAAUUAAUAUAUUUUAUAAGAGCCGAUGUAAAUAUUGGUAACAAACAACUGUUGUAUAAACUAUUUAUUUUCAAUUGUCCAGACCUGAUGGAGUGCCUUCUUAGAUUUAAUUUAAAUAAAACUAAUAUUUGGUAACAUUACAAUUCAGUUUAUGUGCCAUCAGUCCCUUCAGCUAUUUUCGUGGUAAUGUUACAAAAUAUUUAAUAUAAAAAAAAUGGAAAAAUUAAUGGUCUAUUAGGCUUACUGAGUGUACAUAAAUGUAUGUAUGUAAUAUAUUUUUACAUAUCGAAUGGAAAUAUCUUAAGUACUUUUGCACCCAAAGUAACUUUAUGGAUCUAUUGUUUCCUUUGACCCAUUUGUUUUCCUUGCUGGUUAAAUAAUGAUGCCUUGUUAUUUACAGACAGUAUGGAAUGUAAGUAGUCUGCAUUGUUAUUCCAUAUAAAUUCUUGUUUGCUAUUUUGGUAGGUAACAAAUUGUACAUAAGAUUAUUAUUAGAUGUUAAAAGUAUUAGUUGAAUGAUUUAUUGUAAUAAAGUGGAUAUUUUAUUUA